UCAUUUAGCGUCCUUGGUGUGUCGCUCCAUGUGAUGCUAACAUGACCGCUGUUGUUGUCCGCCGGCUAGCUGCACUCUCCGGGGCUUCGGCGGUGGCACUCGGAGCCUACGGGGCUCAUGGCUUUAAAACCAGCGACCCAGAUGAUUACCAAAGAGUGCUAUUUGAAACAGCCAACAAGUAUCACUUCUACCACAGCUUGGCGCUGCUGGGUGCUGCCCACUCCAGUAAACCUGCUGUGGCUGGCACCCUCCUGAUCGCCGGCAUGGGGAUGUUCUGCGGCUCACUCUACCACCAGGCCAUAACUGGGGACCCGGGCCUUCGCAAGGUGGCCCCUGUGGGGGGCAUGGCAAUGAUUGCAGGCUGGCUGGCGCUCAUCCUCUGAGGCCCAUGCGUGUUUGCCAGAGAUAACAGAAGAACAGGAUAAUGACGUUUUUGCCAUUGCUGUUUGAGCUGAGCUCUGAGGACAAAGAAACAAGUUUGUUAGAAUAAAUGUAUACAUAUUAAGGCUGUCAAAUUCUAAUUUAUCAGUUUUCAAAUUAAUUAACCACCAUUUGCAACUAUGUGUGAAAUAUAUUUUGCUGUAUUUUAUGAACGAAGAUAUAUUACAGGAUACACAGUAUAUUAUAAAAUGCAACUUUAAUUUAUGUGGCUAUUAUCUUCUUGAUUAAUCAACUGGAUGUGCUCGUCGCAUCUUCAAAUGGAAAGAUGUUUAGGCGUCAGGUCUUUUUCCCCAAACAACAUCUCUUCAUUAUCAAGACAUGUCUUGCACUCAGUUAAUCAAUGGACUGAUUGACUGCUCAUCUUAAAUUAAAAAUGAAGCAUGUACUUGAUAUAAACACUCUCCAGAGUGGCCUUCAUUAAUCUUGAUGGACGUCAUCUUUUAAAAAAUUUCCAAGUGCUUGCAAGUUGGUAUGCUACAUUUCAAGCUACCUACCGUAAUUUACACAUUUUAGAAGGAGGAUGCUGUUUGUUCUCUUUGUGGUCAUUUCAACACUUAAGAUGUGUUUAACAGCACAGCAAUCCUUAAGUGAACAUUUAAUUAAUCAAGCACUUGAAAUUUAUGAGUACAUGUAGCAAGAAGUGAGAUAAAGUGAGUGUCCUGGUCCUAAAUUUAUGUAAAGUUUGCAGAAGAGUUUGAUAUUAUUGUCAUUAUUGACUAUGCUGAUCCGUGUGGUCAGAACCAGCUGCUCACGUGACGUGGCACGUGACACAAAUUAUACUAAAAUUAAAUAAUUAAUCCUCUGAUCUGACAACAAGGACCACUGUGUCUUUAGCGCCCCUAGUGGUAGGGACCAUUGCUCCGCGUCAUACAGCAGCUGGUCACAGCGCCCCUAGUGGUAGGGACCACUGUUUUGUGCAAGAGACCGUGGUCCCUUGGACCACUGCUGCAAUUCACUAGCCAGCCCCCCCCUUCACAGGUUUCUGUAGGAUAUUUUCUGCUACUUGCUGGCUCUUAAAUUAAUUUGUCUUUGUUCAACUGUCUUGCAUAAAUUGAAUCUUCAUCGCCAUGUUUUAUCCUAGGAAGGAGAUAUGCCCAAUAAACC